AUGGCCCCCGCCGCGCUCCUCCCGCUCGCCCCUUUGCCGCAUCACCCAAACCCACCACGGCGACCUCUGUGCCGCUGCGGGGCCUCGCGCCGCGGCUUCACCGUCCACACCGCCAUCGCCAUUGCCUCGGCCUCGGCCUCCGCCCCCGCCGCGGCCGCGGAGGCGACGUCCCCGUCUCCGCCCCCCUCGCCGCCAACGCAAACGCCUUCCUCUAAACCUGGGUCCCCGGUGCUGGGCGGCAUCGCGAACACGAGGUCCUGGUCGCAGUACUACGGCAGCGGCUUCUCCAUCCGCGUGCCUCCGUCCUUCGACGACAUCCUCGAGCCCGAGGACUACAACGCCGGAAUGACAUACUACGGCGACAAGGCCAAGCCCCGGGCGUACGCGGCCCGCUUCGCGUCUCCAGAUAGGGAUGAGCUCAUAAGUGUGGUGAUUAAGCCGUCAAAUCAGCUCAAGAUCACAUUCCUAGAGGCAAAAGAUAUAACUGAUUUGGGAACUCUAAAGGAGGCAUCCAAGAUAUUUGUACCUGCUGGUGCAAAAGUAUUCUCAGCUCGAACAAUUAAAGUUAAGGAAGAGGAGGAUAUUAGGACAUAUUACUUCUAUGAAUUCAGUCUGGACAAGCAACACGUUGCUCUGAUGGCUACCGUGAAUAGCGGGAAGAGGAGGAUCAGCCAUACUAGCGAAACCAGGCAAUUCCAAAUUAAGAACCAGAAUUUAUCCUUAGUGUUAGAACAGGAUACCACGGAUAAAGCUCAUAGCACCACUCAGCAGGAUAACCAGGUCUCUUGCACUGAGAGCGGACAGUUUGGGUAUGAGCAGCAGACAGAAACAUCUUUGAUAAUCAGAGCACAGCCGCACGACAUGACACAAGUUGCAGAUGGCUUCAGGCAGUGGAAGAUUAGGCGGCUGCAGACAGACUCCAGUGGUGGUAACCGCAGCAGGAGGGCCCUGGGAAGCGGCACUUCACUGAGCGGAAAUCCAUACCAGCGGCGUGCGCCUAGAGCACCGCCGGAGUCUGGACUCGGGGCGCCUGAAUCUGCGGUGGGAAGAGACUGGUAUUCAAAUCAGGCCGCCAGGAUUCCAAGUCCCUGGCGGCGGCAAGCCAAUCUCUCUCAGGUUGCACUGCUAGCAGCGGCUGAAGGCGACUCCAGCACAGAUGCUGAGACAGCUACAGCAAUUGGUUUUGUAGGGCGGCAACAGCAGAGAGCCGGCUGA